AUGGAGAACCAAAUUUCGCUCAAAGCCGAGGUGGCCGAGCUGGAGCUUGAGGCCGUGAUCGGCUUCAACGGACAUGUGCCCUCUGGCCUGAAAUGCCAUCCUGACCAGGAGCAUCUGAUUUACCCUCUGGGCUGCACAAUCCUGAUUCAGGCGAUAAACACACAGGAACAGAAUUUCCUGCACGGUCACGGCAACAAUGUCUCCUGUGUGACCAUCUCCAAGAGUGGGGCUUACAUAGCCUCCGGACAGGUCACGUUCAUGGGCUUCAAGGCAGACAUCAUUUUGUGGGAUUAUAAGAAAAGGGAGCUGAUUGCCCGACUGUCACUUCACAAGGGCAAAAUUGAAGCGCUGGCCUUUUCACCAAAUGAUUUGUACUUGGUAUCACUCGGAGGCCCAGAUGACGGAAGUGUGGUCGUGUGGAGCAUAGCCAAGAGAGAAGCCAUCUGUGGCAGUCCUGCGGCCGGCCUCAACGUGGGGAAUGCCACCACAGUGAUCUUCUCAAGGUGCCGGGAUGAGAUGUUUGUUACUGCUGGAAACGGGACAAUCCGAGUAUGGGAACUGGAUCUCCGGAAUAGAAAAAUCUGGCCAACUGAGUGCCAAACGGGUCAGAUGAAAAGAAUAGUCAUGAGUAUUACAAUGGCCGACGACGAUAGCUUUUUCUACCUCGGCACCACAACUGGAGACAUUCUGAAAAUGAACCCAAUGACCAAACUGCUAGCAGACACUGGGCCCGCGAAGGACAAGUUCAGUCUGGGAGUGUCCGCCAUCAAGUGCCUGAAGAUGGGGGGUUUGUUGGUGGGUUCCGGAGCCGGAUUGCUGGUCUUCUGCAAAAGCCCCAGCUACAAACCCAUCAAGAAAAUCCAGUUACAAGGUGGCGUCACGUCAAUCACAGUUCGAGGGGAAGGACACCAGUUUUUUGUAGGAACAGAAGAAUCACACAUUUAUCGUGUCAACUUCACGGAUUUCAAAGAGACUCUCAUUGCAACUUGUCACUUUGAAGCUGUCCAGGACAUUGUCUUCCCAUUCGGCACCGCCGAACUAUUCGCCACCUGUGCCAAGAGGGACAUCAGGGUGUGGCGCACGCUGUCCAACCGGGAGCUGCUGCGCAUCACUGUGCCCAACAUGACCUGCCACGGCAUCGAUUUCAUGAGGGACGGCAAGAGCAUCAUCUCGGCAUGGGACGAUGGGAGAAUCCGAGCCUUCGCCCCAGAGACAGGUCGGCUGCUAUAUGUCAUUAACAAUGCCCACAGGAUCGGAGUGACAGCCAUCGCUACCACCAGUGACUGUAAACGGGUCAUCAGCGGCGGCGGGGAAGGCGAGGUGAGGGUCUGGCAGAUCGGCUGCCAGACCCAGAAGCUGGAGGAGGCCCUGAAGGAGCACAAAUCCUCCGUGUCCUGCAUCAGGGUGAAGAAGAACAACGAGGAAUGUGUCACAGCCAGCACGGACGGGACUUGCAUCAUCUGGGACCUCGUACGUCUCCGGAGGAAUCAGAUGAUCCUGGCGAAUACCUUAUUCCAGUGUGUUUGUUACCACCCCGAAGAGUUCCAGAUCAUCACCAGCGGGACAGACAGAAAGAUUGCUUACUGGGAAAUCUUUGAUGGGUCAGUAAUCAGAGAGUUGGAAGGUUCCUUGUCUGGGUCCAUCAAUGGAAUGGAUAUCACCCUGGAAGGAGUGCACUUUGUCACAGGUGGAAAUGACCAUCUGGUCAAAGUGUGGGAUUAUAAUGAGGGUGAAGUGACUCAUGUCGGGGUAGGACACAGCGGCAACAUCACCCGCAUCCGGGUAAGUCCAGGAAAUCAGUACAUCGUUAGUGUAAGUGCUGAUGGAGCGAUUCUGAGAUGGAAGUACCCCUUUACCUCCUGA